CCGAGUCUUCACUCCAUCACAUAAAGCGCGCGCCUGAACAUCACACACAGUCUGGCUAUGCUUUUGCGCCACUGCGUGCAUUUUGGACUAUAACACUAAAGUUUGGCUGCUGGAGCACUGGUGCCCGUCCUCUUCUUCAAAGGUAUUUUGAUGUUACCUACAGAAAUCUCAGGAGGAGUGUGUUUCAGCGCUAGUCAGCACUCCAAAGAAGGAAGAAACGGAAUGAAAACAGAAGAAAACCAAUCAUGUCUUCAGCAGGCCCCCUCCGCCACCCCUUACGAGCACGUGGGAGGAGGUGAGGUGUGUGCAGGGUGCGAGUCUCCCAUCGCGGACCGCUUCCUCCUGCGCGUCAAUGAACUGUCCUGGCAUGAGACGUGUGUCAAGUGUGCGGUGUGUCGCAGCGCGCUGAGCGGGACCUGCUACUGUCGGGAUCGCUUGCUGUACUGCAAGCAUGAUUAUGAGAAGUUGUUUGUGCGGAAGUGCAGUGCCUGUCUGCAGGCGAUCGGCCGCUCGGAGCUCAUCAUGCGUGUGCUGGGACAGGUGUACCACCUGGGCUGCUUCAGCUGCUGCGAGUGUGAGCGCCGGCUGCAGAGAGGUGAUGAGUUUGUGCUAAAGGAGGGACAGCUGCUCUGCCGGGGAGACUAUGAGAAGGAGAGAGAGAUGCUGGCUGCCAUCAGCCCGGCCCCUACUGAGUCAGUAAAGAGUGAGGAUGAGGAUGGUGGUGGUGUCUCUGUUGGUGGGAAGGCUGGGGAUGAUGGGAAGGAGCACAAGAGAUCCAAGAGACCACGAACCAUCCUGACCACACAACAGCGGCGCGCCUUCAAGGCUUCCUUCGAGGUGUCUUCCAAACCCUGCCGAAAGGUCAGAGAAACUCUUGCAGCUGAGACUGGACUGACGGUGAGAGUCGUGCAGGUGUGGUUUCAAAACCAGAGAGCAAAGAUAAAGAAGAUCGCUCGCAGACAACAGCAGCAGCAGCAGCAGCAGCAAGAACAGGAGCAGAUGGGCGGGACGAGGAGGGGUCCGAGCAGAGGGGGUCGCCAGAGUAACGAUGACAGCGAGGAUGGCUCCAGCAGUCACGGACUGGACGGGCUGCUCUCAUAUUCCUCUCUGCCACGCCAACAACUGCUGGCUUUGGAUCCCAACAUAUAUGGUAGCGAGCAGUUCCGACACGGGCUCACGCCACCACAGCUAGGCCCCGAGCAGAUGCACUCCUAUGACUCGGUUUUCCAUGACUUGGACAGCGAUGGAAGCCUCAGUCAUCUCGGAGACUGUCUCUUGUCGACUGCCGACGGUGGAGUUCUGGCAGGGCGGAUAGGAAACCCCAUUGAUCGCCUCUACUCCAUGCAAAACUCCUACUUUACCUCAUGACCCUGGUUCCAAGUGCUCCUCCACCGCUGCAGGGGGCGACAAAUAGAUUGAGUCUCACUGCAGGCGUCUUUCAUCAUCAAAACUAAUUGAAUCCCUCAAUCUUAUCUAAGUCAAGCCAAUAAAGCUCUAACCAACAAAACCAAGACAGGAUCACACCCUAAAAAUUCAAUUUAACACUUAAAAAAAAAAAAGCGGGUGUUAACAAGUGGCUAAAUGGGACAUUUGGGUCCAAAUAGUUGCUUUCAUAGCCUCAUUGAGUUUAUAAUCGCCAACUCAAAAAAAUUUUUGUGUUGUGCUCAUUUGUGAAGAUUAUCAUGAUGAACAAAACAUGUAUGAUUCAUAAACUUUUGUUGAUCACAGAGCUUAUUUUCUGCAAUUAAAAAAUGCUAUUGGGUUUUUGUUUAAGGAACCAGGGUGAUGCAAACUUCUGGAUUGCCCUGCAAAUCAUCACUGCAGCUCUCUAUAUCGACUACUGAAUGAGUGAAUGAGACAGAACUUCUGUCCACUAUGCUUGUGGACACCACUACAAAUGGCUCAAAUAGUACAGUUUGUAAGGAUAAAGGGGUGAUUUCAGACACAGCCCAAGUCAGUUUCACAAGUCAUAUCACUCUCCUUUGCCUUGCCAUCUUUAUGUACCAUCUUGAAUAGGAAUCAGCUUUUAUUUAAACCGUACGUGAAAACCAAAAGAGUCUAGCAUGCUGCAUAAGUCAAAUGUACAUUAAUAUUUCUUGUAAAGAAACGAGGUUUAUUAAAGGUGCACUCAGUUUUUGUAUGUUGACCAAUAUAGCAGUUGCUUUGGACUUACAGUGACACCUAGUGGUGUGGAUGUAGCAUCACUCAAACACAAAAGCAAGGUUAUUAUAGUAAAUUAAAACUAAAGCAUAAAAAAAAGUUUUCAUUACUUUAAAUAAAAUGUAAUUUAACCUCAA